AUGUGGAUUGAGGGCGGCGCUCCGCCCUCGCCGCCGCACACCGUGCUGCGCGCAGAUGCCCAGCCAGCGUCGCUAGAGGCCGAGACGUCGCCGCGCGCGCACACGUACACACACGCGCCACCGCAGCCGAUGCCGACGAAACCGCCCAUGACUUUACGCAGGCCGUUGCCGCGCCCGUGGCUGGCGCUCUCCCUGUUGGCCGCCGCCGCCGCAGCCGCCGCCUUCGACCUGCCAUUCGGCGUUCCCGACCAGGAAGCAGACGAGCCAGGGGAACCCAUCUCUGACGAGGAGUUCGCGCUGUCCGCCACCUCUGCCGCAGCGCUGCUGCAGCCGCCACUGGACGACGGCUCCCCGGACCCCACCCUUGCUGCGGGGCUCUUCGAAGGCGACAUCGCUGGGGUCUCCCCGGAGGACGUUCUGCAGGACCCGGAUGCCGCCUACCACGACGGAUCAACGCGGCGUUGGGAGGGUGGCGUGGUGCCCUACGUCAUCUCUGCAGCCUUCACGGGCGACGAGCGGCUGCAGGUGGCGGCGGCCUUCCGGGAGUUCCACGAGCUGACGUGCGUGCGCUUCGUGCCGCGCACCGGGCACACCAGCUACGUGCACCUCCGCAAAGGCGUCGGGUGCAGCAGCCUGAUCGGGCGCGUGGGCGGCGAGCAGACGGUGAGCCUGGGUCCCGGCUGCGUGCGAAAGGGCGUCGUGCAGCACGAGCUGAUGCACGCCCUCGGCUUCUGGCACGAGCACAGCCGCUCAGACCGCGACGCCUACGUCACCGUGCUGCUGCACAACGUUAGGCGAGGUUAUGAGUCCCAGUUCCAGAAGCAUGGUUGGCACAUAGCACAAAGCCUCGGCCUGCCGUAUGACACUGGCUCCCUGUUGCACUACGACAGGCUGGCCUUCUCGCGCGACGGCCGCUCUCCCACCAUCGUGCCCAAGGACCCACGAGCCACCAUCGGCCAGCGGCUAGGCUUCAGCGAGGUGGACGUGGCCAAGAUCAACCUGCUGUACGGCUGCCGCAACACACUGGUGAGGCCGCCCACGCCACCCACGCAGCCGCCCCCGCGCCCUGUCUGCACCGACAGCGACCGCUUCUGCAACUACUGGGCACGCAUCGGCCAGUGCCGGCGCAGCCCCUACUGGAUGCGGACACACUGCGCGCUCUCCUGCCGCUUCUGCGGCGUGGCGUCGGACCGGCCGUGCGUCGACGAGAACGAGCACUGCGAGCGGUGGGCGCGGCUGGGCGAGUGCGCGACCUCCGCAGACUACAUGGCCGCCUUCUGCCCCGCCGCCUGCGGCACCUGCUAG